UUGAAUGCUAACCCACCUAUAUUCCAACGCUGAAAUGCUAAACCACGUCUUCGACUUGGGAAAUUCCCAAGCCCUACCGGUGAUGUACGAGAGGGUUUCUGAGGAACAUGGGAUACACUGAGUGUGACAUUAGUAUGGAAUCAAAAAAAGGGAAUUCAUCACCUGUACCUGGGUGCAGCAUUAGUAAUGGCAGAGGACAGAGCAUGAAAAGCAGUCCUUUCUGCCCACGGUCUUCCAGCAGAAUGACUCAAUCCAUCAUUAGAGACCACAUGGUGUCUCAUUACAAAAAGGUCUACUCAGCAAAAGCUGCCAUUGAUGUCUCAGUACCCAAAAGCUUGAUACAUAGUGUAAAGUAUAAUGACCAGAUAAGGUGUGAUCAGUUGAAGAGAGGGGGUCGUCCUCAUUCAGCCUUCUCUCUCUCCCAAAGGAAUGGAAGAGCCUCCUGCUCUUCAACCCAGGGUAGGAGAUCAGUUCAAGGGGAUGAGAGCCCUUAUUUGUACUCAGGAAGUUCCAUGAUCUCCACUGCAAGGGUCAACACCUCCUUUCAUGUCAAGCAGAUUGUUUAUCGGCCAUGCUCAAUUGCUGAUUCUUGGAGGAACUCCAAUACCAUUCGCCCAACUUCAGAGUUGAAAUACAGCAGUCCAGAUGGAUCCCCUCACAGGCAGCAGGCAGCAUGCACCUCUGCCACCUCAGGAGCCCAGAGUGGCUACAAGACUUUCCAGGACCCUGUCCAGAAGACUUAUAGUGGAGACUUGCUCCAAAAGCAUUCACGCUAUUUCACCCAGGACAAACCAUUUACUCCUAGAACCCUAAAAUCAGACAAGCAUUCAUACCUGUCAAAAUACCGCUACUACACCGCCCCGAGAAGAAAAACAAACCAGGAUUGCUCCAACCUCGGGUUGAUGCGACAGGAGACAUAUCAUGGAAGCACACAAACCAAGGAAUACUCAACAGAAUUUGAUGAUCCACCUCAGGGAUUUAGCACAGAGCGUGAGUGGUCAGAGGAUGAGUCCAUUGGUCCAAACAUCUUGGUUUCUCGACAACCAAUCCAGAUAAACAAAAGCAGAAGCAGUGAUUUCCUUCAUUCAUGCAGGGUCUCACCAGAGGGCAUGAAGUCUCCUAUUAUGAAGAGCGUGUCUGCAGAGGAGGAGGAAUUAAUGUACCUGGAAUUUAUUGCUGAGGUUACAAAUGACAUCUUGUCCAGGGGGCUCUUCUCUGACAGAGUCUUAGAGCGGGUGUUAAAGCGUCACAUUGACAUGAAUAAGCACCGACUCGAUGAGGAUAAAAUGCGCCACCUUCUGGAAGUGCUGCGCAAAGAUUUUGAGUCUCCAGUCAACUCACCUACCUGCAGCGCAGAGAUUGAGAUAAAGGAGAAUGAUCUGCACUAUAAACAGCGACCAAUGGAAACCAAACAGGAAAAUGACCUCUUCCCUUAUGCAUCACUCAUAACCGACAAUGAAUCACCAGGGACUGCUGAUCCCUUAGCAGUUUCCAUACCAUUACAUUGUGGAUCUUGUGAGAGGACCUCACCCACCGAAACAAGUAAAGAAGGUUUGGAGGAUCUUGAUCAGUUAACGGGCACUGGGCCUCUUUGGCUCAGUGAGGGUGUCAGUGACUAUACAGAAAUCAAUGAGGAAGACCUCCCUCAAACCCCGAAAGAAACCCAUGGAUACACCACAAUGGCAAGUGAUGACGGUCUCCAUCACAAACCAGCUGAAUACAAUUAUGAUGGCAUGUCUAAAGAAUUGGAGGAUCUUGGGAUAAGUUUAUCAGAGUCUUUGCAUGUGUCCAGUAAUACACAUGGCAACACCGAGGGGGCCUCAGAUGAGCAACACUUGAAUACAUUUAUCUCUGAUGAUGAGCUCUGACAGACCUACUGUAUUCAAGGAUGAAAUGUUUAUUUCGAUAGUUUUUGUUACCAAGGGAGAUAGUCACAUUAAGUACAUUUUAAUGUUCAAUUUUUAUAGCUAAUUUUGAAAAUGAAAGUUAACAGCAAGUUUCCUGUGUUAAGGGCCUUGUCAGUGUGGUGUUCAUUCUGAUGUUUGAACUCAUUACAAAGGCACAAUGAAAGCUUUAAAAUAUAGCACAAAAAAAUCCUGCUAAUAUUCUGUGUAACAAAGAUGUGAGAGUCUACUGGAAUUGUGCUGUUAUUUUAAUGUUUUACAACUUGUUUAUCCAUUGCUGACUCAAGUAUGGUCUUCUGAAAAACAAUUUAUAAGGGAAUCACAGAAAGUUGAAUCGGUUCAUCUGGACACAACAUUAAGUGGGAGACCCACUUUCUGUGAUUAUCUUACCUGGAUUAUUGAGCAUGUAUAAAGACAAUUUAAAAGGGAUAUUUUAGGGGAUAAAGGAGCAAAAGAUUUGCCCCCAUGAUUCAGAUAUAAUCAAUAUCCAAUGAGAUGCUUAAAAUAAUUUCUUUCAGUAUUGCCCUAUGGUAACUAAUGCUUUUCAACCUUGCAAAUUAACGUCAGUGCAAAGCAAUGGGUGAUAGACUUUUGAGAAAAUGAGUAUAUUUUGUACUGUAGUUUCUGGUAAUUGCAGACAUUGUAGCUUAUUAUGAACUAUGAGAACUUUGUUAUUGAGUUGUCUAUUUCUCAGGAUUCUAGAGUAAACAAUGCAGUUUGUAGAUAAAUCUAUUUUUCAGUGUUUUUGAUAUAAAGCCUCUAAGUAGCUGCAAGGACUUGACAGUCAUCAUGAAAGUGUCUGUUUGGAAUAAACGUCCAGU